AUGCGCCAUGCACGCAAAGCAGCCCUGUUACUCGCGGAUGCGCAGGAAAGGACACGAGAAUUGCAAAGCUUGGCGGAACAAGUAGUGUUAAGAUCAUCAUCAUCUUUACGUAAAAAAUAUAAGUACACAAGGAAGUAGUCCUUGGAGAACUUCGAUGACUCAAGACAAGGGCAGGAGUCUAAGAAGUCUAUUGAUGGAUGUAAGUCAUUCGGACACGUACAAGUCCACGAUCACUCUUGUCAUUAAGUCCAUAAUAGUACAACUAAGUACAACUUUUGUUCGCCCGAUGCACAUUAACCUUCUAUGUAUAGAUGUAGCCCAAUACAGCCACUGGGAAGAUCAAUAAGAACCGCCACGCCACCUCUUCUAACUCUACUGCAAGCAAGAUAUCUGCAGGAGAAUCCGAAAGCGCUCUGUACUGGGAUACCUAACCUGGAUGGCGAGCUUUUGGGCGAGACGGAUCACGAUGGCAUUCCUGCAGCAGCAACUCUACACUGGGCUACGCGGUGAACAGCCCU